AUGAAUAAGUUAGAACAAAUAGGAGCACAAGAACUCCUAUCAAUGUUAAGCGAUGAAGAAUUAAUGUCAGUAAAAGAUACAGUUACAAAAUCUAUGAUACCAGCAAAUACGAGAUCAGAAGCAGUUGAUGCUUGUCUUAAAUGUUCACAAUCAGCGAUGCAAUUAUUACGACGAAAAAAAAUUCGAAGAGAUAUCCUAAUGCAAUAUUUAGCAAGAAAAUCUAUAUCAGUUAGUGCAGGUACUGAUAAGGUUCGAUUAGUAAAACAAAUAAUUGAAUAUUGGAAUAAUGGAUCUUCAUCUAUAUCGACAAGUUUAUCAUCACCUUCCGAUUUAUCAAGUAUAAAUCAAUUAUCACAUCAAUUUACUGAAUGGUUUUAUACAUCAUGGAAUAAUUUAACAACAUUUACACCCGAUCAUUUCUUUCCCGAUUGUCAAUUAACACUUGUUCAUGAAAAUCAACGUCGAAUAUCAGCCGCAUAUUAUGUAUGUGAAACCCUUCGGUCUUAUAUUACCAGUCAAGAUUUACAUUUUUAUCCAAAUAUUCAAUCAAAUAAAGCGGAAGAAUCUAAACAUGGUCUUGUACUUAUACAAGUUCAUGGUACAAUUCAUCAACGCGGUACCUGUAUUGGAAUAUUCGAUCAAUCAUUUGGUUUAGUUCGAGAUCCAACUCAUAGUAAUAAUUAUCUUAUAAAGUUUUCUUUUCUUAAUAUGCAAACUCAACAAGCACAACAAACUGCGUUAUUAUCAACAAAUCAACCGACACCAACAUAUCUUAUAGAUAUCUUACAAAAUUAUGAUCAAACAAUUCAACAACAAAUUGAUUCAACGGAUUAUAUUAUUGAUGAAGAUGAUGAUGAUGAUGAUGAAUAA